UUCUUCAUUAAGAAGAAUUAACAAGCAUCACGGUGAAUGCACACAGGUUAGAUUUUCCACACAAAAAAAGAAUGCAAUGUUGAGGCCUAUUUGAUGCAGGUUUUUGGUGGCCUAGUAUGGAUUUUGGUGGCCUCAACUAGAUUGCCUGGAACGUCAUUACUUCAAGGAUGGGUCAUGUUUGUUUCUGUUACUCUAUUCGUAUUUACAAGCAUUCUUCUCUUCUUGUACAUUGUGGGAGCUCAUAAAGGAAGACCUUCGUGGACAACUAUGGAUGCCUUUUAUCAUUAUACUGCAUCUCUUAUGUACCUCAGUGCAUCAGUGCUUCAGGCCUAUACAACAGUUAUAAUGCAAGGAAAUUCUUUCCUGUUCCAUAUGUAUCAAGAGAACGUUGCUGCAGUGGUGUUUGCCUUCCUCGCCACCCUGGUUUAUGUCAUUCACGCUGUGGCCUCACUGAUCAGAUGGAAGCGAUCGCCUUAAAAGCUCAUUGUAAAAGGCCAAAAGUAGCAGGAAAUCACUGUGUUCAGUGUUUGUAAAUGAAAAACAUCUUCUGACAUCUGCAGAUAGCAUGUACAAUGUAUAUAUAUGUACAAUAUGCCGUAAGCAAUUUUAAAUGGAAUCGCUACAUCAGUAUAUAUUGUGUGCCAUAUGUCAUAUCUUACAUUAGUACAAGAAAAAUGUCAUAUUAUGUUUAAAGGGGAGGAAAACUUUUUUAAAUCAACUGGUGCCAGAA